GAUCUCGUUUGCCUUUGUUGUCUAUGUGGUAAAACAUUCCCUAACCAGCGACUUCUUCACAAACAUUUCCAAGCAGCACAUGAGGAAGAAGAUGAAAUAAAGCCUGAUGGUUUGAUUGCUGAAAUCAAGAACGAAGCUUUGUGUCCAAAAGAAGACACCUUCUCCCAAUCUAAAUCUUUAGCUUGUAAUUCAUGCGGAAAGGUGUUCACAAAAAGCUGCAACCUUAAUUCUCACAUUAAGGCGGUUCAUAGAGGUACAAUCGUUUUUUAUUUAUUGUUAGGCGUUAAAUCUUUUGAAUGCCCUCAUUGCUUCAAAGGCUUUUCGAGAAAUUCGGAUCUCCAAAAGCACGUUGACGCUGUACAUAAAGGUACUUGGCAUAGUUUUAAAACCUUUCAGGACUUCGACCCUAUGAGUGCCGUAUGUGUGGUAAAAGGUUUUCGCAAAAGUCUAGCCUCAAGCGCCACGUUGAAGCUGUACACGAAGGUAAUUAAAAUAAAGAAUUCUGAUCAUUUAGGCAUAAAAUCUUAUCAAUGUCUGAUUUGCCUUGCUCGUUUCUCUUAUGACGUUCAUCUGAGAAGGCAUGUUCGAUCUAAGCACAAGGGAAAUGUCAUUUCAGGUGCUCCCUCAUCGUCAUCUGCAUUGUGGAGCAGAAAAUAUUCAAAGUACUCCAGCAUCAGUCAACUGCAGUCAAGUUCCUGCAUGGCUAUCGAUCUAUCUCUGAAUCGCAAUUUGGAGACUCGUGGCGACUCCAGUACCGGUUCUGUUAAAAUCGAUACAAUUCUCACAGACUACCACGCUCCACCUCAUCAGGAUCAUCGCGCAUUUCAUCAAAGUUCACAUCAGUCGGAUUCUGCUGUUUUUUCUAGCAACCCACAUUUAUACCAGAUGCAUGAAAAAUUGACUACCACUACCUCCGCCAGUGGAGCCGUUUGA